AUCUAAUUCCCCUUCUUUCCUUCUCUGGAUCAAAUCUAGGGUUUUAUAUUCCCUUCGUCGCCGAAUUUUGCAGCAUUCGCCGGAAGACAGUGAGUGAGAAUGGAAGAACAGUCGAUGGUGAUCGCCACAAACAACCCCAAAACCACGCAGGAACUCUCCAUGGAAGGUCAGAGAUUCCUCGAAGAAACCAUACAGCACGCUUACCAGAUCCUCUCUUCCAUGAACGACGAGCUUUGCAACCCCGUUUUGUGGUCCACCUCUCCCUCUUCUUCUUCUGCCGCUGAACCGAAUCUCCCCUCCUCAAACGGUGAUGCCGCUUCCGAUAACUCCAGCCACAACGCUGACAGCGGCGCCGCCAUUCCCGGUGCUGGAGGCGCCCUUGAAGAGGCUCGCUUGCGAUAUAAGAAUGCCGUCGCUGGGCUUCGGACCGUUCUCGCCACUAUUCCUGAUUCCCAGGCAAAAGCACUUGACGGUGAUUCAGCUGUUAGCCCCGCAGAUGAAGCUGAAAUUGAGAGGUUGGAAGAGAGAGCCUCUUCUCUAAGAAAGGAACUUGCCAACAAGAACUUGCACCUGAAGGCACUAAUAGAUCAACUGCGAGAACUUGUCACCGAUAUAGCGACAUGGCAAAGUCCUUUUUCAACCAGAAGUUUGGCAUGAGUACUUAAUUAUGUAUAGUGAUAUCAAAAGAUGGAAACCUGAUCCAGACUGCAGAUUACAAUAAAUGGUGACAGUGCUUCUUGAUACUCUAACCCUUGAAGUUGCAUCAGUAGAUCUCAAUAUUUAAUGUUCCUAAAACUAUGAUUUCUAAGUUGUGGAAUGGUAAGAAGUGGAUUAAAAAUGAUUGUCCAAUGGACUUGUAUUUUGUAGAAUUAUUGGGAAAUUUUCGAAAUAGAAACGUGCAAUUCUUUAAUAGCAAUUUGAUGUAAUUUUUCAUUUGGCUGUUGUCAAAAUUGUACGUAAACAAUACUCGUUUGAGGUUUGAGAAGAAUGUCUGUUUUUGGUCCAAAGAAGAAA